CGGCGCGGUGUCCGAGCCGUAUUCCCCAGCGCGCCGCCGAAGUGUGGUGAGGGCUCUGCCAAUCGCGGGCGGGCAGAGCGGGGCCAGGGAUGCGCGGCGCUCGGAGCGCAGACAAAAGAAGUUAAAGAGCCGCUUAAUAUAUACAUGUUUUUGAAGGCGAGUAAAGGGAAAAAAAUAACAACAGCGAGCGUAGAUGGGCUUGGCUGUGUCGUUAUGGAGCCCCCUUUGAGCAAGAGGAACCCGACACUGAGAUUAGCGGAUUUGGCAGCGGCUCAGCCCCAUCCUCACCAGAACAUGACAGGCUUCCCGGGGCUGGGGAACCACCACGUCCACCCCCACCACGCGGCCCACCUCCACCCCGGGGACGCGGGCGGCGACCCCGGCGGCGCCCUCACGCCGCUCGGACCCGAGCACAUGGCGCAGCCCGCCGCCCUCAAGCUCACGCCCGAGGCGCUCACCGCCGCCGCUUCGCCGCGCCCGCCACCACCGCCGCCGCCGCCGCCGCCACCGCCGCCGCCGCCACCGCCGCCGCCGCCGCCUGCGCCUCCCGCCGCCGCCCUCCCGGGAUACCCGUCGGGGGAGGCGGCGGGCCGGGACUUUCUCCUGCGGCGGGAGCUGCCCGCAGCCGCCGCCGCCGCGCACGGGGCGCUGGGCGAGCAGCACCCGCCCGCCGGCUCCCCCCACCUUCCGCACCCGCCGCCGCACGGCGUCUUCAUCUCGGCCGCCGGCACCUACGGCGCGACCGACGGGGCGCACGCCGCCUUCCCGCCGCCGCCGCCCGGCGAGCAGGGCGCGCCCGCCGGCCGCCACCCGCCGCUCAACGGGCAGAUGCGUCUGGGGCUGGCGGCCGCCGCCGCCGGGGAGCUCUACGGGCGCGCCGAGGCGCACUACGGGGCCGCCGCCGCCUCCUCCUCCUCCUCGGCGCUGCAAGGCUACGGCUCCGUCAACCUCAACCUGGCGGCGGCCGGGCACGGGCACCCGCACCACCCCCAUCCCCACCACCACCACCACCAUCACCACCACCACCACCAUGGCCACGUCGGGGCUGCGGCGGCGGCGGCGGCCGGGGCCUUCCUGCGAUACAUGCGACAGCCCAUCAAGCAAGAGCUGAUCUGCAAGUGGAUCGACCGGGAGCCGCCUCCUCCACCUCCGCCGCCGCCACCGGGCGCUAGGAAGCCUUGCUCCAAAACUUUCAGCACGAUGCAGGAGCUGGUGAGCCAUGUCACCGUGGAGCACGUCGGUGGGCCCGAGCAGAGCAGCCACGUGUGCUACUGGGAGGAGUGUCCCCGUGAAGGCAAGCCCUUCAAAGCGAAAUACAAACUCAUCAACCACAUCCGAGUACACACGGGAGAGAAGCCCUUCCCUUGCCCCUUCCCCGGCUGCGGGAAGGUCUUCGCUCGCUCUGAAAACCUCAAGAUCCACAAGCGGACUCAUACAGGGGAGAAGCCCUUCAAGUGCGAGUUCGACGGCUGCGAGAGGAAGUUCGCCAACAGCAGCGACCGCAAGAAGCAUUCCCACGUGCACACCUCGGACAAGCCCUACUACUGCAAGAUCCGGGGCUGCGACAAGUCCUACACGCACCCCAGCUCCCUGCGGAAGCACAUGAAGAUCCACUGCAAGUCGCCGCCGCCCUCCCCGCCGCCGGGCUCGCAGGGCUACGCGGCGGCGGGGCCCCCCGACGGCCCGCUGCCCCCCGAGGCGGAGCCGGCCGCCGAGCCGCCCCGCGGGCGCCGCGCCGCGCUCUCGCCGCCGGUCACCGACCUCAGCGAGUGGUACGUCUGCCAGGCCGGGGGCGCGCCCCGCCGGGCCCGCACCCCCUCCAGCCGCGGCACCUCCCCCGCAUCCGAGGAGGAUGAGCCCCACAGGACCUCGGGGGGCAGAACUGCUCCCUAGGGCCGUGCCGAGCCGUGCCAAGCUGCCGGUGGCCCCGGCCCCACCGCACUGGCCCGGGCCGCAGAGGCAGCCACCUGGCACGGGGCGCUGCCGUGGAAGUGCCAUCAGGUUUGACUCGCGCUAUUUAUUCCAUGUA